GCCCUGGCAUUGUUUGCGGAGGCACGGGUGGCGACUGUGCGCAAGGAUGUCAUCACCUUCAAUGCGACUUUGAGCGCCUGCGAGAAGUGCGGGCAGUGGCAGCCCGCUUUGGUGCUGCUGCAGGAGGUGGAGCAGGCCCGACUGAAGAGAGGAACCAUUGCCUUCAAUGCGGCCCUGAGUGCAUGUGGUCGAGGCGAAGCGUGGGGACAUGCCGUUGCGCUGUUGGCAGAGCUGCAGGCCAGCCGAGUGCCGGCCUCCGAAGUCACUUACAAUGCGGCUAUCACCGCCUGCGAGCGCGGCGGGGAGUGGCAGCAGGCGCUGGCGGCUUUUGCGGCUCUCCGGGUGGAGGCCCUGCAGCCCACGUCGAUUAGCUACAGCGCGGCCAUCAGUGCUUGCGAGGCUGGCAAAGAGUGGGCAUGGGCGCUGGUGCUUUUGCACGA